GUUUAUUUUAAUUUUUUUAGUGUACGUAAAAAAAAAGAAAUAAUGAGUAGCGAGUUAGAGACCAAAGUAAACACAACGCGAGCGGGAGGAGCGUACAUUCCACCUCAUCGUUUGCGUCAAAUGCAACAAAAUGUCAAAGAUACCACCACUGAAGAAUAUCAACGGAUUACUUGGGAAGCACUCAAGAAAAGCAUCAAUGGUCUCAUCAAUAAAGUAAACACGUCCAAUGUGAAAAUGAUUAUACCUGAAUUGUUUGGAGAAAACCUGGUGAGAGGAAGAGGACUUUAUUGUCGUAGUAUGAUGAAGGCACAGACUGCAAGUUUGCCUUUUACGCCUGUGUACGCGGCUGUGACGGCGGUGGUCAAUACCAAGCUACCUGCCGUCGGUGCUCUUCUCUUGACACGUCUUGUGCUCCAAUUUAGAAGAGCCUUUCGACGUAAUGAUAAGACAUCGUGUUUGGCGACUACCAUGUUUAUUGCACAUUUAACAAACCAGCUUAUUGCUGACAAGGUAUUGGCGCUUCAGAUUUUAGCACUAUUAUUGGAACGACCUACGGAUGAUUCUGUGGAAAUUGCAGUUGGUUUUAUGCGAGAAGUGGGAGCGCUUUUAGCUAAUGUGUGUCCUAAGGCGAACAAUGCGAUUUACGAACGAUUCCGGGCUGUUUUACAUGAAGGAGAGAUUGAUAAACGUAUUCAAUACAUGAUUGAAGUGCUUUUCCAGGUUCGAAAAGAUAAAUACAAGGAUAAUCAACCUGUGAUGGAAGAACUUGAUUUGGUGGAAGAAGAUGAUCAGAUUACGCAUAACAUUAGUUUGGAUGAUGACGAUCUUGAUGCGGAAGAGAUGCUGAAUAUCUUCAAGUAUGAUCCUAAUUAUGACGAGAAUGAAGCAAAAUACAGCGCCAUCAAGGCAGAGAUUUUAGGUGAAGAUGGGUCGGAUGAGAGUGGGUCCUCGGGCGACGAUGAGAGUGGCAGUGCCAGUGAAGAUGAUGAAGAGGAUGAUGAAGAAGAAAACAAGAUGGAGAUUAUGGAUCAGACAAAUAACGAUAUUAUUGAACUGCGUCGAAAGAUUUAUUUAACUGUCAUGUCGAGUGUCAACUUUGAAGAAGCUUGUCAUAAAUUGAUGAAAUUACAUAUUCCUGAAGGACAUGAGGUCGAACUUUGCAACAUGAUUAUUGAAUGUGCCUCGCAAGAACGUACGUAUUUGAAAUACUAUGGGUUAAUGGCCGAACGUUUCUGUAAGAUGAACCGUACAUGGGUGGAAAACUUUACGAACGCAUUCAACGAGAUUUACGACACGAUUCAUCGAUAUGAAACGAACCGACUUCGUAAUAUUGGUAAAUUAUUUGCGCAUCUUUUUAAUACGGAUUCUCUUCCUUGGACAGCAUUCCAAAUUAUUCGAUUGACGGAAGAAGAUACAACAUCUGCUUCUCGUAUUUUUGUCAAAAUUUUGUUCCAAGAGAUCAGUGAGUUCUUGGGUCUUAAGACAUUAAAGGAACGUCUAUUGGAUCCUUACAUGUUGGAAAGUUUGUCAGGUAUGUUUCCCAAGGACAACCCAAAGAAUACGCGUUUUGCCAUCAAUUACUGGACAAGUAUUGGAUUGGGUGCAUUGACGGAGGAAUUGCGUGAUUGGUUAAGAACAGCCCCACAACAAAUGAUGAAACGUGAAGUCAGCUCCUCUUCAGGCAGCUCAUCUUCCGGAAGUGAUAGCGAUAGUUCUUCUGGCAGCAGCAGUAGUGGAAGUGACAGUGACAGUGGCAGUAGUAGUAGUGGAAGUGAUUCUGAUUCUCGCUCUCGUCGUCGUCGUCCUAGUCGUCGUAGUAGCCGUCGUGGCCGUAGUUCUAGCAGCAGUGGAAGCAGUCGCAGUCGUAGUCCGUCCACUCGUCGUCAUCGCAACGAAGGUCAUAGUCGUCGUCGUCGUAGCUCCACUCCUCCUCGCCGCCGUUAAAUAUACAUGUAUACAAAAAAAAAUAUGCAAUAAUAAUAAAAAAAAAA